GCGUUCGGCGCGCUGCUGUAGGCGCGCCUCAGUUGAGUUUUAACCGUCGUCGGUGCCGAUUCGUGCCGUGGCCGAGAUCGAUAGCUAUAUACGAGUACAUAUAUUUGUGUUUGUGUGUUUGUAUGUGCGAUAUUCAAGUUCAAAUAUCAAAAAGCAAUAAAUAAAUUUAAAACGCCAGAAAAUUUAGCAAAAGAUUUCUUAAACAAAUACUGAAACGACAACCGCAACAACUACAAGAAGAAAUAAAGAAGAAUAACAAAAACAACCAAAACUACAACAACGAAGUAAACACAAACAACGACAACAAUUAGCACGAAAACUUUCUAAAACGCAUUAAUAAUUUAUUUACUAACAAAAAUCAACUGCAUCUGAUUCACAAAACUGGCACUGUUUUCGGCUACUGCGAAUUGAGUGCCUUUUACAAUUUCUACACGUAAUACACUAAGUUUAAGCAAACGAUUGGGACUAGGAGGACAAAAAGUCAGCCUUAGACCGAGACGAGGACGACACAAAGAAAAUGUCCACACUGUCGCUGCGCAUACAGCUGGAAGGUGGUCGAGUUACCAAGACCAUACAAUUCCAACCAAAUACCACAGUCUUCGAUGCGUGUAAAAUCAUACGCGAUAAAUUUGCCGAAGCGGUGCAGGGACAACCCAGCGAAUAUGGACUCUUUAUUUCGGAUGAGCAGAAUCAGCAGGGCGUCUGGCUGGAGGCGGGACGCACACUGGGCUACUAUAUCCUGCACAAUCAGGACACGCUCGAAUAUCGUCGCAAACUUCGCACUCUACGUGUUCGCAUGUUGGAUGGCGCUGUAAAGACCAUCCUGGUCGAUGACUCGCAGCCUGUUUCCCAGCUGAUGGUGGUCAUCUGCACGAAGAUUGGCAUCACCAAUCAUGAGGAGUACGGAUUGGUGCGCGAGGAUAACGAGGCGCAGAAUGAGAAUCUGCCCGACAACAAGUUUGGCACUCUCACCUUGAAGCGCAAGUUCACCGAAAAGGAUCGCGAUGCCAAAAUGGAAAGUUUGCGCAAGAAACUCAAAACCGAUGAUGAAAUGAAUUGGGUUGAUGUGGGACGCACAUUGCGUGAACAGGGUAUCGAUGAGUCGGAGACGGUGCUCUUGCGUCGUCGUUUCUUCUUUUCGGAUCAAAACAUCGAUUCUAGGGAUCCCGUGCAGCUGAAUCUGCUCUAUGUGCAGGCCAGGGAUGCUAUCCUUGAUGGCACACAUCCUGUUACACAGGAUAAGGCUUGUGAGUUCGCUGGCAUUCAAGUGCACAUACAAUUCGGACCACACAACGAGACCAAGCACAAGCCCGGAUUUUUGGACUUGAAGGACUUUCUGCCUACAUCGUAUGUGCGAGUGAAGAGCAUUGAGAAGAAGGUCUUUGCAGAGCACAGACGUCAUGCGGAUCUAUCGGAAAUAGAUGCCAAAGUUCUCUACACCAAGACGGCACGGGAACUCCCCACCUAUGGUGUUACAUUCUUCCUCGUAAAGGAGAAGAUGAAUGGCAAGAACAAGCUGGUGCCGCGUCUCUUGGGCGUUACCAAAGACUCUGUGCUGCGCCUGGAUGAACGCACCAAGGAGAUUCUCAUCUCCUGGCCAUUGACCACUGUGCGUCGUUGGGGCGCCUCCCCGAAUACUUUUACCCUGGACUUUGGCGACUAUGCGAAUCAAUAUUAUUCGGUUCAGACUACUGAAGCUGAGCAAAUUGUGCAGCUUAUUGCUGGUUAUAUCGAUAUUAUAUUGAAAAAGAAACAAACCAAGGAUCACUUUGGUAUCGAGGGUGAUGAGGGUUCCACCAUGGUAGAGGAAUCUGUAGCGCCAUCCAAGGCAACCUUUUUACAACACGAAACGAAUCGCGUGGAGAAGCUCAACUUGGAGAGUCUGGCGCAUCCGGGAAUUAUGCGGCCCUAUGACGGUGAGCGCACCUUUACCCAGAACGAGGUACAGACCGUGCAGUAUGGAGCUUUUGUCGGUCAGGUGAAUCAUGCGCAUCAACCGCCCACGACUAAGGAGGUACACAUUAGUUCUGUGAAUCUAACGGAGCCGCAACGUGCUUUAUUUGGCUAUAUAUCAGCUGGCCAGGAUGUCUUGAUACGCGCUGACGAAGAGCUGCGCACCAAGGCACCCAUUCAGGAGCUGGGCAACGAUAUGCGCUCCAUCGAGUGGCGCGAGAAUACGCUGGACACCUCCAAGCAGGCGGUCAGCUCACAUGUUGCCACCAUGAGUGCAGCCACAGCUCAGAUUAUUACAGCAUCGCAGCCGGAUGAAGUGGAUACGGAAGCCAUCUCAGCGUCUGUAUCGCAAAUUGCCCAAACCAUACCCGAGGUGACCAAGGAGGUGCGUCUGAUUGCCGCCCUCAUGGAGAACGAUUCGAAUGGCGAUCAAUUGUUGGAGGCAGCUCGCAAUUUGUGCAACGCCUUCAGUGAUCUUCUCAAGGCUGCUGAGCCGGAGAGCAAGGAACCACCACAGCAUCUCAUCAACGCAGCCAGUCGUGUGGGCGAGGCCACUUCCCAUGUGCUGAGCACCAUUGCCGAAGAGGAGGCACCAGAGAAUCGGGAUCUGCAUGAUAUGUUGUUGGCCUUGGCCAAGGCAGUGGCCAAUACAACGGCGGCUUUGGUGUUGCGGGCCAAGAACAUUGCCGCCAGCUGUGAGGAUGAUCAGGCACGUAAUCGCGUCAUUGGAGCUGCCAGCCAAUGUGCCCUGGCCACCAGUCAGCUCGUGGCCUGUGCCAAGGUUGUGGCUCCAACUCUGCAUAAUGCCGCCUGUCGGGAGCAACUGGAGGCGGCGGCCAGGAAUGUGGCAAGAGCUGUGAAUUCCCUAUGCGAGGUGUGCAACGAGGCGAGCAAUGAUCCCAAAUUAAAGGCAGAUCUGGUGGCUGCGGCUCGGGAUGUUUCCAAGAGUCUAAUGGAGAUGCUGGAGCACGUUAAGCUGAGCACACGGGAGCAGGCGAAUCGCACCAGCCAAGAGUUGAGUCCCGUUGAGAAUGUCAUCAUUGGCACGGACAUCUUGGUGUCCACCAAUGAUCCCCAGGAAAUGGUGCGUCAUGCCCGCACCUUGGGACAGACGACAGCCCAGUUGAUACAGAGCAUCAAGGGGGAGGCGGAUCAGCAGGAGGAUGCGGAUAUGCAGCGACGUCUGCUGUCGGCCGCCAAGCAGUUGGCCGAUGCCACCGCCAAGUUGGUGGAGGCGGCACGUCUGUGCUCCUCCAAUCCCCAUGAUUCGGACAAUCAGAACGCACUGCGUCGUGCUGCCGAGGAGCUGCGUGAGAUUACCACAAGUGCAGCCAAUACACCGGCCAUGAAACGUGAUCUCAUCCAGCGUUUGGAAUUCUGUUCCAAGCAGGCAGCCACGGCGGCAACUCAGUGCAUUUCGGCUGCCCAGAAUGCGGUGCAGCACAGCCAGGAUCAUCAGACGAAGGAGUCGCUAUUGCAGGAUUGCAAACGUGUGGCGGAUACGAUUCCACGAUUGGUCACCUCUCUUAAAACGACGCGUGCUCAGCCGGAUGAUGCAAAUGCUCAGCUGAAUCUUAUCGAGGCGGCGGAACAGUUCAUUGAACCGGCUCUCCAAGUGUCCAAGUCAUCGCGUGCCUUGCAGCCAACUGUCACCGAUAUUCCCUCCGCGGCACAGCUUUCCAAGUGUGCCCUGCAUCUGGGCCAAAGUGUAUCCGCUUUGCAUUCGGUGGCGCAGCGGGCACGUGAUGCCUGUGGCGGUCAGGAGCUGGAAUCCGCAUUGGAAGCGGUGCGUAAACUCCACCAUGUGCUGGACGAUACACGCCAGGCGGCCUUGGCGGGUCAACUGCGUCCGCUGCCCGGCGACACGGUGGAAAAUACCGCCGAUGAUUUGCGCAAGUCGGCCAAGAAUGUGGGCAUCGCUUUGAGCCAGUUGCUCAGCUCGGUGCUGCAGGGCCAACGCAGCUAUGCAGGCGCCGCUGGACGGGACACCGCAUUGGCUUUGGGAGACUUCACCAAGAGCGUGCACGGCGUGGCAGCGACCACACAGAACCCGGCGAUCAUUGACUGUGCGGAUGAUGUGGUGACCAGUUCGGCGCAGCUCAUUGAGCAGGCCCAACGCACGCUCCAGGGCGUCUCUGAUCCUCAAGCUCUCACCCAAGCUGGACGAGAUGUAACGGGCGCUUUGUCACGCACUGUGGACUGUAUUCCCGGCCAGCGUGAGGUGGACGCCGCAUUGCGCAAUGUGAGCGAUCUCAGCGAGAUUUUGUCGGUCAGCGAGUUCCCUCCGUCCAAUCGUCCCUAUGCCGAGCUGCAGUCGGAGCUGAAACAGGUCGCGGAGCAACUGAGCAGCGCUGGUGGACAGAUUGUGCAAUCGUAUGCAAGUCCUGCCCAGCUGGCGGACAGUAGUCAACACUUUGCGGCCAACUACAGGGAUCUGUUGUCGGUGAGCAUGCAGAUGGCGGGACAAACCCAAACCGAUGAACCUGUGCGCUCCCAGAUGAUCGAGUGCCUACGGAAUGUGUCCACGCAGUCGUGUUCGCUGCUGUCCACUGCCAAGUCCAUUGCUGCCGAUCCUGGCCAGCCGAAUGCAAAGAAUCUGUUGCAUGCCGCCGCCAGAAGUGUCACGGAGAGCAUUAAUCAGUUGGUGGAUGCCAGCAUACAGUCGGCACCAGGUCAAAAGGAAUGCGACAAUGCCAUGCGCAACAUUGAGGCACUGCGUCUCAUGUUGGACUAUCCCCAUGAGCCGGUGAACGAGCAGGGAUACUUUGAUUGUGUGGAGCAGGCGACAUCCAAGUCGAGGAAUUUGGGUUACGCCAUCUCGGAGAUGAUCAACAAUGCGAAACAAUCGCAGCACGUGGAGUUUAGUCAGUCGGUGAACAACGUUAAUGACUCCAUACAGGGACUCAUCGAGAGCUCCUCCCAGGCGGCGUAUCUGAUUGCUGUCUCACAUCCUAGCAGUGUCGCUGGACGUGCCGGAAUUAUCGAUCAGGCGCAGUUGACGUGGGCCUAUCAGGGAAUCCGUCAGCAUUGCGAUAUUGUGAGCAGUGCCCAGUCGGGAAAACCACAGAUGAUCUCUGCCUUGACGGUGAUUGCCAAGCACACGAGUUACCUCUGCUCCAUCUGUCGACAGGCGAGCAUGAAUACCAAUAAUCCCGUGGCCAAGAAUGAGUUCAUUGUGCUGGCCAAGCAGGUGGCGACGGCCACUUCGGAUCUUGUCCAGGAUAUUAAGGCUAUUGAGGAGCAUCCCACUGGUGGCAGUCGGGAGCGUCUCGUUGAACCGCUCCUGGAGGCCGUUAAGGCAGUGCGUCAAUAUGCCUCCAGUCCGGAAUUCAUAUCCAUUCCGGCCAAGAUCAGUGCCGAGGGCCGCAAGGCUCAGGAGCCCGUGAUUCAGGCUGGACGUGGCGUCAUCGAUGGCGUUGUCGAGAUGGUCAAGGCUGCCAAAUCUCUGGCCCUGCAACCAGAUAAUCCGCCUGUCUGGCAACAGCUCUCCAUGCACUCCACACCAGUUUCCGAGUCCGUGAAGCGUCUGGUGGACAACAUACGCGACAAAGCGCCUGGACAGGCACAGUGUGAACAGGUGCUCCACACUCUGGGCACCUGCACCCGGGAGUUGGACAGCUGCGCCUUGGCCGUCAAUGCUCAGGGAUUGAGCCGCCGUCGGGAUAACAAUCUACAUGGAUUCAGUGGGCAGACAUUGAACUCUGCAGCGGAACUUCUGGACAAGUUGGAACCCAUACGUGUUGCGGGAAAGAACAAUGCCGAGCAACUGGGACACACUGUGGGGGAGAUCUCCCGGUAUGUGGUGCCCAUGGUGAAUGGUGCUAUCGGUGCCUGCACCCACAUUGUGCACAGCCAGCAGCAGAUGUCGUUGAUCAAUCAGACCAAGUCCGUUGUGGAGAGUGCGAUUACAUUGGUGCAAUCCGCCAAGGAUUCAGCUGGUAAUCCCCGAGCCACCCACGCCCAUCCACGCCUCGACGAGUCCAUCGAUGGCACUCGGGAGGCCAUUCAGGAGUUGCAGCAAACCGUGGAGAAGAUCAAUGCCGAGACGGGCAUCGUCACGGGUCUCAUGGAGCAAGUGAAUCGUGCCAUCACCAGAUUGACCGACAAGAGGCAAUCUCUGUUGAACGCCUCCUACUCGGACACGUUUGUGGGCUAUCAGACCAGGAUGGUGGCCACCGCCAAGGAGAUUGCCCGUCUGGGCAACGAGAUCAAUGCCAAGAGCAGCGUUGAACCCGCAGCUCUUCCUCAGCUGGCCGUGGAUAUGACCCAACAUUAUCAGCAGCUCACCCAGGAUUCGGUGGGUGCGAGCACCACAACCACAUCGCCAGAUGUUGCCAUGCGCAUUCGCAGCACUGUUAUUGAUUUGGGACGUUCUGUCAGUGCCAUGAUACAGUCCUCGGCUGGAGGCGCCAGUCCCAACGAUGCCAGUGCCCAGAAGGAGAUUGCUCGCAAUGCUCGCGAUGUAUCCGAGAAGGUGGCCCAAGUGCUGGCCGCCCUCCAGGCUGGCUCUCGCGGCACCCAGGCCUGCAUUAAUGCUGCCCACACCGUAUCCGGCAUCAUUGGAGAUCUGGACACGACCAUUAUGUUUGCCACCGCCGGCACACUUCACUCCGAUGGCGAUGGCAGCUUUGCCGAUCAUCGAGAGCACAUCUUGCAGACGGCCAAGGCUCUGGUGGAGGACACCAAGGUGCUGGUAACUGGAGCUGCCGGCACACAGGAUCAGCUGGCGAAUGCGGCACAGAAUGCCGUCUCCACCAUAACUCAACUUGCUGAGGCCGUUAAACGUGGCGCCUGCUCCUUGGGCUCCUCGCAACCUGACUCACAGGUCAUGGUCAUCAACGCUGUCAAGGAUGUGGCCUCUGCUCUGGGCGAUUUGAUCAAUUGCACCAAGUUGGCCUCGGGCAAACCCAUCCAUGAUCCCUCCAUGCAGGAUCUUAAGGAGAGUGCCAGGGUCAUGGUGUUGAAUGUUUCCUCGCUGUUGAAGACCGUCAAGGCUGUGGAGGAUGAGCACACACGUGGCACACGUGCCAUGGAAGCCACUGUGGAGGCCAUUUCGCAGGAGAUACGCGCCAUGCAGACACCUCCUCCCGUUGGCAGCCAACAGGUGGGACCCGAGGAUCUGAUCCGUGUCACCAUGAACGUUACAGCUGCCACCGCAAAGGCUGUGGCCGCUGGCACCUCCAAUUUGCAGGCGGAUAUAGUGGCCGCUGCCAAUUUGGGUCGUCGUGCCAUCUCGGACAUGUUGAUUGUCUGCCGCUCCGUGGCCUGGAAUUGUGCCGAGACAGAGGAGCUGCGUGUGCGCACCUUGGAGGCAGGCACCGCUGUAGGGGAGUCCUAUAGGGAGCUACUCAAUGGCAUUCUGCACAAUUGCAGUGCAGAUGAUCGCAUGCAUUUAUCGCGUCGUGUGGCCAAAUGUGUUACGGAUCUGGUGGCUAUGGCGCGUUUGUUGAAGGGCUCCGACUGGAUAGAUCCCGAGGAUCCCACGGUGAUUGCUGAGAACGAGCUGUUGGGAGCGGCGGCUUCCAUUGAUGCGGCUGCCAAGAAGCUGGCAUCGUUACGACCACGUCGUCAGGCUGAUGUUAAGAUCGAGCUGGAUGAGAACAUGAAGUUCGAUGAGAUGAUUUUGGAGGCUGCCAAGGGCAUUAUGGCUGCUUCAGCUGCUUUGGUCCGGGCUGCAAAUGCCGCUCAACGUGAGUUAAUUGACCAGGGCAAGGUGGCACGUCGACCACUGACCAGCUCUGAUGAUGGCCAAUGGUCGGAGGGUCUCAUUUCGGCAGCAAGACUUGUGGCUGCAGCCACACAUAGUUUGGUGGAAGCUGCACAGAAUCUGGUGCGUGGUGUUGGCACUGAGGAGAUGCUCAUCUCCACUGCCAAGCAGGUGGCUGCCUCGACAGCCCAACUGCUGAUUGCCUGCAAGGUGAAAUCGAAUCCCAAUUCGGAGGCUGGACGUCGCCUGCAGGCAGCUGGUAAUGCGGUCAUCAAGUCCACUGAUAAUCUGGUACAUGCCGCUCAACAAGGACUAGAAGCCGAGGAGGAGCAUUCACUGAAGAUCAACACAUCGAUGGUGGAUGGCAUGGCGCAGGAGAUUAAUGCACGCUCCGCUGUCCUGCGCAAGGAGAAGGAAUUGGAGGAGGCGCGUCAACGUUUGAAGCAUGUGCGACAGGCGCAACGUUAUGCUAAGAAUACCCAGGGAUUCACCACAGAUGAAAGCGAUACGGAAUACGCCUAUGGCACGCUCAACAAGAGCCAGAACAAUACUUUGGGUCGCGGAGGUGCUUACUAUGGCUCCCAGUCGGGUGAUGUGCCUAGUUCACCGAGCUACUACUCCGGUGCCAGUGGUGGCCAGCAGAAGCAUCAUUACAAUUAUGCCAGCCCGCAGCCACAGCAUUUCCAUCAUCCGGGCGCUGUUUCACCGCCGCCAGCCAAUUAUGCGCCAUUAGAUGAGGUCAAUGGAGAUUUUCCACCACCACCGCCGCCGUUGUCAACUACCAUUUCUAACAUGCAAACGGCAACGUCGGGCCACAGUUUUCGCUCUAAUCCCAAAUUAACCGCCAAUGCUGUGCCACGCCCCUAUCCUGGCAGUCCAGUGGCAGGUGGUGCAGGUGGCAGCAAUGGUUUCGCAUCCACAACACCCACUAAUACCAACUACCAGCAUAGCUUUGAAACGUCCAGCACUAAAACGCAAAACUCCUCAACAUCCGCGCCUGUUGUUCCACCGCCACCACCACAGAAGCCCACGGUGAAUCGUAAUCUGGAGGCGUGUGUGAAGGAUCUACAUGAGAAAACCUUUGGCCAGGGCGGUGUAGUGCAACUAGCUGCAGGCAAUGCCUAUCCUGGCCAGAACUACGAGGGUUACACAUCUAGCAGAUACGAGACGCGCAACUUUGACAAGUCGGCCAACAACAGCAGCAACAUCAGCAGCAGUGAAAUGGCCCUCGCCCAGCCUCUGGAGUCGAGCUUCUCACAGAUGACUCUCAACACGGAUGGCGGCAAGUUGAGCAUUGUCGAUCAACAGGGCUCCGAGCGUCUGACCUCGAUGACACAGCGCGUCAUGGAGCGCAAAUCGUUUACAACAACAACGGAAUCGCGAUCCGAGACGAAGACGGAGAAGCACAGUUUUCGCCUUGAAUAAGUUGGAGCUAAGAAUGUAAUCGAAACGAAACGAUGAUGUUUGCCAAAUGUGCUUUUAACAUUUACAUACAUACUAAUAGUAAUAAUUUAACAUUUAAUUAUAAUUAGCCACUAGCAAAACUAUGUCUAUAUAUAUAAAUAUAUUUACCCACAUACCUUAUAUACACACACGCUCUAACUUUAACGUAAUAAUCGCUUACGAUUUCUGCUUUUCUUUUUCUAUGUUUUUAAUUGUAAUCUUGUAAUUUGUUGUUAGUUUUGUGUAUGUGUUUAUCUGCCAAUUUAUUGCCAAUAUAUUAUUCACAUUAAUAUCCGUCGGAAUCGCCGCCUAAUGCACGAUUAAGCCAUACACACACACAUACAUAAUUAAACAUUGUACUAAUCAAACGAAACCUAAGCAAAUCAACAAAAAAUAUUCGUAACCUUUAAACGUAACACAAAACCGUAUAAAUUACAAAUUGGAUUCAUUCGAUUUGUUGUUAGAUCAAUGCAAUUUAUUACUGCGCACCUAUAAACUAAAAGUUAAUGACAUUUUUAGUUAAAUCAGCGCCAAUUCAUAGUUAAGUGCGCAUAAACAUUUUGUUGUUCACAUAACUUAGAUUUAAGUUCUUAAAUAAUCUUUGUACGUAAACAUUGUUUUAUGGAUUUCCCCUUUCAAUGUAAUCAUAAUUUCUGAUUUCGUUUUGUAUAUACAUACGAGUACAUAAGUGAAUCGUCGUGUAUACGUAUUUGCAUUCAUGAAUUGUGUAUUUUUUUGUAAAUUAAUAAAAACAAUAUCUUAACAA